UAAAAAUAUUCGCCCACUCACGCCUUCUUUGUUGGUAUUAAUGAGAUGGUGGCUAUUUCUGUUAUUUAGAAAACAUUGGAGUAUAAAGCGUUGACAUUUUACCCGGAAUGUUAUUAUCUUUAUUAAAAUGAGCUUUAGUGGAUUGUAGCUUGAAUAUCCGCGGUGUAGCGAGUACGAGCUUUAAAAAUCCGUUGUGUGUUGGAGCCUGCAGCCAGUGUGCUUGAUAGCCAGUCGUCGUCCACAACAGUUUGCACAGUGUGGAAUUUAAUAUUACAAAGUUGGCGUCGAAAUGUCAUCAUUAGCAGCAGGGCAUGAGCCAGGCAUAACAGCGGGCACCGGAGCUCUGGCUGACGCUUUAGUUCCCGCGAGUAUAUUUGCUCCAGACCGGGGAGGAUGUGGGGAAGAGGACGACGACGUGUGCCUCGAGGACGGGGACAUGACCAAUGGCAAGCCCGAGGACCGAAGGAUUGAUUGCAGCAGCAAGCUUGCACUUGUAAGCCCAAACGGGGAGCAGUAUGACUUGUUACUCCGACAGCUUCGGGACAGAAUGGAGGAGGGCUGCGGGGAAACGAUCUAUGUGGUUGGAAUGGGCUCUGAUGGUAGUGACUGGGGUCUGGAUGAGACAGAUAUGGAAGCCUCGGUUGCCACAGUACGCUCUAUGUGUGAGCAGCUGGAUUCUGACUUUAUCCCUCUUAGAGAGCGCGCUGAGGCAGCCGGGAUGGUACGUGACUAUCUGAUUCGGAGGCGUGUGGGUGAGCUGGAUUUUCUGGAGGUCAGAGUCGCAGUGGUGGGGAACGUGGAUGCCGGUAAGAGCACUCUUCUGGGAGUGUUGACACAUGGCGAGCUGGACAACGGCAGGGGUUUUGCCCGGCAGAAACUUUUCAGACACAAACAUGAGAUGGAGAGCGGCAGGACCAGCAGUGUGGGCAAUGACAUCCUGGGGUUUGACCAGGAGGGUCAGGUCGUAAACAAGCCAGACAGCCAUGGAGGGAGCCUGGACUGGACCAAAAUCUGCGAGAAGUCCUCCAAAGUCAUUACCUUCAUAGACUUGGCCGGCCACGAGAAAUACCUGAAGACCACUGUGUUUGGGAUGACUGGACAUCUUCCAGACUUCUGCAUGCUUAUGGUUGGCAGUAAUGCUGGAAUUGUAGGGAUGACCAAAGAACACCUUGGCCUGGCUUUAGCUCUGAAUGUUCCCGUCUUUGUAGUGGUAACCAAAAUAGACAUGUGUCCAGCCAACAUCUUACAAGAGACCUUGAAGUUACUCCAACGGUUACUGAAGUCUCCUGGCUGCAGGAAGAUUCCUGUCCUGGUACAGAACAAAGAUGAUGUGAUAGUCGCGGCCUCAAACUUCAGCUCAGAGAGGAUGUGCCCCAUCUUUCAGAUUUCUAAUGUGACCGGGGAGAACAUGGACCUGCUAAAGAUGUUUCUCAACCUGCUCUCCUCUAGAACGUCGUACAGAGACGAUCAGCCGGCUGAGUUUCAGAUAGAUGAUACCUAUUCUGUACCGGGAGUGGGAACUGUAGUAUCAGGAACCACCUUGCGUGGUCUCAUACGUCUGAAUGAUACCAUGCUACUGGGUCCAGAUCCCCUUGGAAGCUUCAUCGCCAUUGCUGUUAAAUCAAUCCACCGCAAACGAAUGCCAGUAAAGGAAGUUAGAGGUGGCCAGACUGCCUCGUUUGCUUUAAAAAAGAUCAAGCGUUCAUCUAUAAGAAAAGGCAUGGUAAUGGUGUCGCCAAAGUUAAACCCUCAGGCAACUUGGGAGUUUGAGGCUGAAAUUCUGGUUCUCCAUCAUCCUACUACAAUAUCCCCCAGAUACCAGGCGAUGGUCCAUUGUGGGAGCAUACGACAGACAGCCACCAUCUUGUCCAUGAAUAGAGACUGUCUGAGGACAGGGGACAAGGCUUCAGUCCACUUCCGCUUCAUCAAAACCCCCGAGUACCUUCACUGCGACCAGAGGCUGGUGUUCAGAGAGGGCCGCACCAAGGCUGUGGGAACCAUCACGAAGCUGCUGCACUCCACUAAUAAUAUGCCAUCAAACUCCAAACCUCCACAAAUCAAAAUGCAGUCGACAAAAAAGGUGCCUCUGAGAAAAGAGGAUGGCACCAUGGCAACCGCUGAUGAUGCAGCAACGAUAGCACAGCCGGCUGGUUCAAGCACAUUACAGCUGGGGGAGGGAGAUGAUGACCCUCAAGUAAAAGAGGUCAACAAAGAGAACAAGCCAAAGUCUGGAGGAGGUGGAAGGAGAAGAGGUGGCCAGAGACACAAAGGAAAAGGCCAAAACUGCACCAACUCAAUGGCAGCACCUUCCCCAACAGCAAACAGCUGAAUUUGCAUCCUCUUUUUCUUUUGUCGAAACAUCCCUCUUUAAUUUCACCAAGCGUCAUUCCACAAACCACGAUAUACAUGUUUGGAGCAAGAUAGUGUUAAACCUUGCCUCUUUACACCAGUUCAUAUCCUUGUUUUUGUCCUGAAAAGUGAUUGCAUCAAUUAUACAGCAUCAGUUAUUCAGGUUUAUGUUAGCUGCCUUUACCGGUUGGAAAAGUUUGCAUUUAGAAAGCAGUGAGGUGUUAGAGGUUAGCUUUCCUCAGGAGGAGGAGGAGGUAUUUAGGUUUUUACAAGUUGUUGGAACCAGCCCGUUGUCUGCAGACAGUUCCAGUAAGUGCAGUUAUAAUUUAAACUCCCUCCUGCAUUCCCUGUGUAUCUACAACAGCAUAAGUUGUACUCUUUAUACUGAAAAUGUAAAUUAGUUGUAAAAAAACAAAUUUGGAAAUUUGAGUUCGUACAAAUUGAAUUUGAAUCACAAAUGAAUGUAGCAGAGGGAAAAUAAUCCAAAACUUAAGUUAUAAGAAAUAAGAUGUGGCAUUAUUUUAACCCAGUUAUUUAUUUGGCACUUAAGCUGAAGGUUUACUCUUAGAUGGUUGGACUAUAUUUAAUCUCACUUGCACUCUGUAGAUUUUGUAGUAUCUGUCAUGCAUUUAAAUGGUGGUAACCUUAUAUCAAUGGCAUUAGUACAAAAACAGCACAUUUGUCAGUUAGGCAGUUGCUAAUGAUUACAAUGCUUUACCUGUAAAUCUAGUACUCUGUGUUAUGGCCUGUUGCUGUUUGUGAUGAUUUCAGACAUUUUUCUGCAAAAAAGACCCAUAAAUAAAUAAAAAGAAAAACUUUUCAACA